GGGAAAGAGGCUUGCUGGUGUGAAAAAGCUGAUUAAACCAGAUCGACACUGCCCAGUUUAGGAGCUUAACUUUGUCAACCUAGACGGCAGGUAAGGCUUAACGUAUUCUCUUUAAUACAGUCACUUCUUUUAAGUUAGGCUGAAGAUUAGUUCAACAACAGAAUAGCAGACGAGGUGUGUUUUCCUCCAUUGGAAAGAGGACUCUGAAUCCACGUAGCUGUCCGUGUGUGCGCAGGAAUAUGAUGGCCGCUGUGGCGCAGGCUGAUGAGAACGCCCCCGCGGUGGCCCCGCAUCUCCACGAGCGCAUCAGAAAUCGGGUGAAUCAGCUCGGCCUGCGUCGGACCGAGCUGCAGCAGACUGCCAAGCGGGUGAAUGACCUGCGAGAUGGCCUCCUGGACUUUCUGAAGAAGAACACCAAGCAGCCCUUCUUAAGAUCUGUCACAGUGCUCAACAGUGGCAGCUACUAUGAGACAGUGAAGAUAAGUAACCCAAACGAGUUUGACAUAAUGCUGCUGCUCCCAACUCCACGGCUAACCUGGGUGGAGCUGGAGGAGUACCACGGGCUGCACUACAGCGUCUCCCUGACCCGGCCCACUCGCUCUGAGAUCCAGGCCUUCCUGCUGGCUGACGGGCUCACAAUCUCAGCCAGCAAAGUCCUCAAUGAGAUGCGUGCCCUGAUCAGAAAUUUCCUCAGCACAUACAAAGUCCCUGAGGGGGAUGGUCGCUGGGUGCUGAACAGAAAGCGGCCCAGUUCGCCAGCGGUGACACUGUCGCUGAUGUGCAAUUCGCAAGACGGCAAAGAGGAGGGAGAGCUGCUGUCGUUGGACAUCGUUCCCACCCUAGAGGUACCUGAAGCCCAAGCCUGGCCUCUCGCUGCCCAGCAAGGCCUGAAGGUGGAUAACUGGCUGGGCAAGAAGGCCCGACGCAACCUCACCAAGCAGUGCUUCUACUUCGUACCCAAGAAACCGGCGGGACGUAACCUCAGUGAGAGCGCUAAGGAGAGCUGGAGGAUUUCCUUCUCUCAUAUCGAAAAGGAAUUAAUCAAGAACCAUGGCCAGGCCAGGACCUGCUGCGAGGGCCGUGCCACCAAGUGCUGCCGAAAGAAGUGUCUCAUGCUGCUGAAAUUUCUAAUUGAGCGCCUGAAGACACGAUUCCCUGAGGAGUUAGACCGGCUCUGCUCAUACCAUGGGAAGACGGCCUUCCUGCACACCCUCUGCAGGCGAGGCCAUGACUCUCAGUGGGCCCCCAGUGAUCUCCCAUCCAAUUUCAUGGCACUCUUGUUGGCCCUGGAGGGCCACGUCUCCAGCGGCCAGCUCCCGCACUUCUUUGUUCCCACCUGCAACCUCUUUGCUGCCCCUGCCUUUCCACGCAAGGCACUCUCCUGCCUGCAGAGGGCGCUAGAGGAGCAGAUGAAGCUGGGCCUACCCCUGUUCCAGCUGCCCAAACCUGCUCCGCCACUCGCCCUCAACCCAAACCCUUCCCAACCACCCCCGGGCACCCAGGGAGAUCUCUCGAUAGGGUUGAUGUUCGCAUCCAUAGCUGCAUUGCUAUGUUUCCUCUCUGUGGUUGCUUAUUCAGUCAAAUAGAUCAGGGUUUCCCAAACUGGGAUCCACAGACUUCAUGUGGACUGAGAAGUAAUAAUAGGGGGUCUUCACCGAAAUGUGGGAACUGUUUGUUCAUUUUUACAUAUUUUAGAAAUGACACCUUUUAGAUUCAGGUAAUGCCAUACCUACUUUAACUAACUUUAAUAACUUUUAAUAUUUUUUUGUGGCUAUGUAAGCUGUUUAUUGCUCCUAGGUAAGUGUAUAUCAUUCUAUUGCCUUGUGCUGUAUGAAAACAGUUUUAGAUAUAAAUAUAAUCCAUUGUCAGAUUAAUCAAAUAGGCCUUAGUCCUUAUCUUUGUUGUACUCUUUGCACUUGAAACUGUACUUCCCUCUAGGGUCUUUCAGUGCACUUGUUCCUGAUGAUGGGUAUGCACUUUGCACCUUGUUGUACAACAUAAGAGCAUCUGCUAAAUGCCAAUAAUGUAAUGUACCUAGUAAAAUACUGUCUUCAUUGUAUUUAUGAAAUAUUUAUAUUGUACUUUGUAUUUUAAUAUGAUAUAAUGCCUGUCUGAUUUUCUCAGCAAUACUGUCUUCAUUAUAUUUAUGAAUUAUAUAAAUUGUAAUUAACAGGUACACAUUACAUUAUUAGCAUUUUGGCAGAUGCUCUUAUCCAGAGUGACAUACAGUUGAUUAGGCUAAGCAGGAGACAAUCCUCCCCUGGAGCAAUGCAUGGUUAAGGGAGUGUGGAUCUUAUUGUGGCUACACUGGGAUUAGAACCACUAACCCUGCGUGUCCCACUCAUUUACCGUUACCUACACUACAGGCCGCCCGUACACAUCUUAUCUAUCUACAAUAUAUCUUUGCAUGUUCUAAGAUGUAAAAAAACUGUAUUUGGAUAUGGGUAUCAAACAUGAACCAUUCUAUUUACGUGAAUGUUUGUGAAUGAGGGCAUCCUUUUGUCAUUUUUGGGGGCCUUGAGAUGAAGAAUACCAAAUGUAUGCUAUUUCUUUGUUCAAGAUGUUCAAGACGUUUUUCCAAAAUAGAUUUUCCUUUCUGACUUUGAUUUUGAUUUUGCCACUGCUAUGCUGUAGUAGGGACCCUAAUUUCUAUGAAACUAAACAAAUAAGUUAUUUUUCUGGGGUUGUGAUCUGCUGUCUAGUGGUAUAUAUAUCAUUAUCAUCAUAUGAAAUAUAUUGCCAUAAUACCUUUAAUUAUUUUACAGUGAUGGUUUACAGGUUUGUUUUUAGUUUUGGGUUUACAUCUGAACCCUUUUCUUGCUGAAAUCCUUGAAUUUCUGUUUUAACAAGAAUAAUACAUUCUUGCAUUUAGUUUAUUUUUUAUUUUAUGCAGUUGGCUCUUUGUUAGCAUGUCAUUUAAGAUAUAAAUACACAAAUGGCAGGUUAUUUUUAAAAUAAAAACCUUUUGUUUUAAGUCA